GCGAACACACAAUGUUCAUUCGCAGGGAUCGUUUCCUGAACAUGAUGUGUGCUCUCUGUCCCACAGGUCACUUUCCAGUGUGUCACAUCCUUCUGCACAAGAGAGAACAGGAAAUGGCAAACUCCCAGUAUGAGGCAAAGCAUUCCCAUCGCAGCAAUUGGCCCGCAGGAGCUAUAAAUUGGUCUCCUCCAGAAACAGAUCAAAAUUUGUCUUCUGGGAGCCUGGCUGGAAACUGAAGAAGCCAUGGAGGGGAACAGUGCUGCCUUUCCAGCAGACCCCACGCACCACUUCCACGUCGCCCUGCUGGACCAGAGGCGGAGGCUGCGCGGCCAAAUCGCUCACCUUCACAAGGCAGCUCGCAAACUCAACCAGCUCCGCACGAGGUCCCUGGUUGCCAACGUGGGCGGGAGCACCCUGACGGCUGCCGGAGCGCUCACAGCCAUCCUGGGGCUGUCCCUGAGCCCCGCCACGCUGGGAGCCUCUCUGCUGGCCUCGGCCGUGGGGCUGGGCCUGGCCACGGCCGGCGGCGCUGUCAGCAUCACGUCCGACCUCUCCCUGGUGCUCUGCAAUUCCCGGGAGCUGAGGAAGGUGCAGGAAAUCGCAGUGACUUGUCGGAAGCAGAUGAGGGAAAUACUCGGCUGCCUGGAGUUCCUCCGCCGGGGGCAGGGCCCGGGUGACCCUGCACUGCGCCAGUCAGAGAAGAGAGCGUCCAUCUCGCUCUACAACUCCGUCUGCUUCAUGGUCUUCUGCGGCUCCCACAGCCUCCUCGUGCCGGAGUGCACAAAGGAGGUCACCAAAGUAAGCCAGGCUGUGCUGAAGGCCAAAAUCCAGAAGCUGGCUGACAACCUUGAGACCUGCACCAGGGCAAUGGAUGAAGUCUGUGAUCUUCUUGAGUCCAGAACAGAGCUUUCCCCCAGUACGAGGAGACUCAGCUUGGGUGCUAAAAGCACUGCCGAGAGCCUGAGGCCUUGCAGCUGA